CUUUGCGGAAGUGACGUUAUGUUAUUAUUAUUCCAGGAAAAGGACACGGGAAAACCCUGAACUGCGUCAACUGCGUUUUUAUGAUACAUUUGGAUGUUGGCUGAUGUUUAACAUGUCCACAAGCCACUGCUGAAUGAUAUAUGGCUUUGUUCCUGGAUGGGACCUUAUUGAGCAGAAACAUGGACACAUCAAAUUUUGCCCACGUCAUCUUCCAGAAUGUGGGGAAGAGUUACCUGCCCCAUGCUGCGCUCGAUUGUCACUAUACCCUGACACAGUUCAUCAAACCACAUCCAAAGGACUGGGUUGGUAUAUUUAAGGUUGGUUGGAGCACAGCGAGGGAUUAUUACACAUUCUUGUGGUCGCCUCUCCCAGAGAACUACGUGGAAGGCACAGCAGUCAACAGAACCGUGAUCUUUCAGGGUUACUAUGUCCCCAAUGACGAUGGGGAGUUCUACCAGUUUUGCUAUGUGACCCACAAAGGGGAGAUCCGGGGGGCAAGCACGCCUUUCCAGUUUCGUGCAAACAGCCCUUCCGAGGAUGAGCUGCUGACUGUUGAAGACGAAUGCAAUUCUGACAUUCUGGUCGUCACCACCAAGGCUGGCUUGCUUGAGCAAAAAGUGGAAGAAGCUCAGAGAGAGAAAGAUGAGCUGCUGAAAAGCAUGGCCCUCAUCCAGCAGGAGAAGGAGCAGCUUGACGCAGAGAAGGAGAGUCUGCAGAAGGAGUUUGAGCAAGAAAAAGAGACCUGUGCCCAGCUGAGAAGAGAGAUCCAAGAGGUGCUGCACUCGUCUCAGGCCCUUCAGGAGGAGAAGGAAGAGGUCAAGAGGCGACUGGAGGAUGCCACGGCCAGGAUCAUACAGUUAGAAGAGGAUCUGAUUGGAGUCACACAGAAGGGACUUCAAAAGGAAACCGAGCUGGACAGCCUUAAAGAUCGAUUGAAGAAAGUCGCUCUAGAGAAAGAGGCUCUUGAAUCUCACGUAAAGAAUGAGAGAGAUGAGAAGGAACUCUACAAGAUUCACCUGAAAAACCGGGAGCUGGAAAACACUAAGCUGAGUGCAGAGCUGCAGAUGCUAAAGUCCGUGGAUGUAAACAAGGAAAACACCAUUGCCCAGUUCAAAGAAGAGGUGGGACGCCUGCAGGCAUGCCUCACAGAGAAGGAAAAACAGUACAAAGAAAUCCUGGCCAAAGUUUCUCCUUUGGGUGACAUGAAGGCCCUGAAGGAGCAGCUGCGGCAGAAAGAGGAUCAGCUCCAGGCCAACCAGCAGCAGUCCUCUCUGCUGGCCGCCGAACUGAGGGAUGCCUCCAGCGCCCGAGAUCGCACCAUGUCUGAGCUCUACCACAUGAAGCUCGAGGCGGACGCCCUGCGCCAGGCCAAGGCCGAAGCUCAGGCCCAGUGUGUCCACCUGGAACUCGUAGUCGAACAGAUGAAGGCAGACGCCAAAAAGGAGGCGGCCAAAUUGGAGGAGGAAGCGAGCACAGACCCAGCUGUUGUAGCAGAGCUGCAGAGAGAGGUGGAGGACCUGAAGCUGCGGCUGCUCAUGGCUGCAGAGCACUACAAGGAGAAGUACAAGGAAUGCCAGCGACUGCAAAAACAAGUCCUCAAACUAUGUGAACAGCAGGGGGAAGUGAGGAAAAGCACAGCACAAGAGGUCGCCACAAUCCCUGCAUCAGGGAGUCCAGACACAUCGGUGCCGGGCAGCCCAGGUUCUGCUGACCCCAUGUUGGAGGCCAUCAUCCAAGAGAAGCUCAAAGGCAUCAGCAGAGAAGCUUCAGACAGAAAUGACAAAUACAGAAAAUGCAAGCAGAUGCUGAUAGAGGAAAAGGAGCGCAGCAGCUUGUUUGCAGACGAGCUGGCCAAGACGGAGCUGAAAUUAAAGGAGCAGCUGAAGACCAACGAGAGUCUAAAGUUGCAACUGGCUGCCGCAGAGGACCGUUAUAAGGAGCUCCAGAAGAGCAGCGGCAAGAAGGGCGAUCAAGGGGCCAGUGAGAAAACCAGCUUGGAGAACCUCCAGACCAGUGUGCCUUUAAUUCUUCAGUACCCCGUCCCUUACGUCCAGGACACCCCGACCCCACUGCUGGUCUCUCAGAGUCCAAGCAAACUACACUUUGGGAACCCUUAUUCCAUCUCAGACUCAAAAGAUGAGACAGAGGAGGAGUUCUCAGAUGAUCAGCCUCUGAAGCUGCCCCCCGUAGGCCCACCCUCCUGGGACAGCAACGUGGUCUGCAUCCAGCCCUCCCGCAACCUCAGCCGGCCAGAAGGACAUGAAGAGGCAGAGGAAAACAACAAUGUUAACACCAACGAACAGCCGCUAGGAACAGAAACACGCAGCUCAUUUGUGAAUGAUGGACAAACCCCCUUCUGCUUUGACUCCAGCAUGGAUAUGAAACGCUGUCCGCUCUGCGAGGUUAUCUUCCCACCCAACUACGACCAGAGCAAGUUCGAGGAACACGUGGAGAGCCACUGGAAGAUCUGCCCCAUGUGCAGCGAGCAGUUCCCCCUGGACUGCGACCAGAAGGUGUUCGAGAACCACGUGCUCACUCACUUCGACGGGCACCCGCUCAACUUCGACUAAAGAAACUGAAAACCAAUGGAGUCUGCAGACUUUCUGCCAUCCUCUGAAAAAGAAUCACUUUAAGCUCUCUUCUGCAUGUAGUGGUGUUCGGCUCCUCUCUGUAGAGCUAUCCUAACUUUUGCUUUCUUUUAACUUGGAGAUCCACUCUGAGGUGACGUUUGAAAAAAAAAAAAAAGAAAAAAAGACAAUGUUAUUAUUUAGCGUGUAUCACAGGGCUUUAAAAUCAGUUGCGAAUUAAUCUUUUUUUUUGAAUUACCGUUUUAAAUGUUUCCCUUCUUUUAGGAUUUGGAAAGAGAAGACUGUUUUACCCUAUAAUUCUUACUGAUUUCGAAUGGACAUGGGUUUUCUCAGAUCUGUAACGCUGCAGGAUGUAACGAGUCAGGGAAAAAGAGACGUGUUUACCAAACUUACAUUUAACACAUGCGAACAUAUGCUUCCCCUCCUUCAUCAUCGCUGUACAGGUCAUCGGUCAGCUGUCAUAGAAAGCAGCAUCGGUGCACUAUAUUCAGUCAGGGAGAAAUCUUAAGUAACUAUACCUGUACAAGAAUA